AUUUUUGGAUUUCGUUCACAUUGUGCAAUAUAUUCUUGUUAAUUUCUUACACUAAACGUGUAAAUUUAUGUCUUAAAACCAAAUCUUUAUUCUCAAUAAGCUUUCCAAAAAGUGUCAGUGCCAAAUUUUCAGUGAAAAAUACAAAAAUGAGGCUAAUUGACUCGACAAAGUUGUUGGAACUUCAAAACAAACCCACAAAAAUUCGCAAUAUUUGCAUCGUGGCCCACGUGGAUCAUGGGAAAACUACUUUGGCAGACUCUUUGAUAUCCAGCAAUGGUAUCAUAUCGCAGCGAAUGUCCGGCAAGCUUCGAUACAUGGACAGCAGGCCAGAUGAACAGGAGAGGGGUAUAACCAUGAAAAGCAGCAGUAUUGCCUUGUAUCAUGCCCUGGAUAAAGAGGAGUACCUUGUAAACUUAAUAGACUCUCCGGGGCAUAUUGACUUCUCAAGUGAAGUGUCUACUGCAGUCAGAUUGUGUGAUGGAGCUAUAGUUGUUGUGGAUGUUGUAGAAGGUGUAUGCCCUCAGACAAGGCUUGCAUUAAAGCAGGCAUAUUCUGAGAAUAUCCGUGCAGUUUUAGUGCUCAACAAAAUCGACCGUCUCAUUGUGGAGAUGAAGAUGACUGCACUUGACGCCUAUGUGCACAUAACCCAAGUGAUGGAACAGGUGAACGCUGUAAUGGGAGAGCUGUUUGCGUCCAACGUUUUGGAGAAUGAGGAAACAUUGAUUGACAAACAGCCGGAAAUGCAUGGACCUAAGGAAGAAAAUAACAUAUAUGACUGGACCUCUGCGCUUGAAGAUGCUGACGACUCUCAGUUGUAUUUUUCCCCAGAACAGGGCAAUGUUGUAUUUGCUAGUGCUAUUGAUGGAUGGGGUUUUACUAUACAUACAUUCGCUAAGCUUUUUUCGGACAAACUAGGUGUGAAAGAAGAAUUAUUGAGGAAAGUCCUUUGGGGAGACUUUUAUUUAAAUUCAAAAUCUAAACGGUUCAUGAAAGGUGCACAGGAGAAAGCGAAAAAACCACUCUUUGUCCAAGUCAUAUUUGACAACCUCUGGAAUAUUUAUGAAACAAUUAUUUUAAGAAAUGAUAAAGAAAAAGUGCCUGUUAUUUGUGAGAAGCUUGGCAUUAAACUAACUACUCGAGAUUUGAGGCACACAGACACCAGAAUACAGUUGCAAUCACUGAUGAUGCAAUGGCUGCCAUUGUCAAAUACAGUAUUAGAUAUGGUUUGUUGUAAACUACCAUCACCAAAAGAAAUUUUGCCUGACAAAGUAGAAAAACUUAUGUGCUCACGCAUUCGAGAUUUCGAAUCUUAUCACGAAGAGACCAGGAAACUGAAAGAUGCCUUCAUAGCCUGCGAUAGCAGUAACGACAGACCUGUGAUUGUUUUUAUAUCUAAAAUGUUUAGUGUAGAUAAAAGCAUUCUGCCUGAAAAUAAACCCAAGGCAUUAACGCCUGAAGAAAUGGCUCUUAGGAGAGAAAAGGCCAGGCAGAUGCGUGAGGAACUUAAAAAUAAUGUUAACUCUGAAACAGUUCCUAUAAAAAUGGAAAAAGAAUCUGAGCCAGAUUUGAAUAAACCAGAAAAAUGUGCUGUAGAUGAAAAGGAGAAGGAAGAUGAAAACCCAACUGCAUUUAUAGCUUUUGCUAGAAUAUUUAGUGGUAGAGUUAAGAAAGGUGACAAACUUUAUGUCCUUGGCCCAAAACAUGAUCCCUCCCAAGUACUUAGUAAAAAAGACUUUCAAAUAGAUCCUAAUAAGAAAUUGAAAGACUUGCAUAGUGACGAACACAUCACAUGCACUGAAAUCAAAUCUCUGUAUAUAUUAAUGGGUAGAGAAUUAGAAGAUAUUGAAGAGGCGGUUGCUGGUAAUAUUAUAGGUAUUGGUGGUUUAGAAGAUCACAUACUUAAAACUGCUACUUUAAGUAGCACUAUAGCAUGCCCAGCGUUUAGCGAAAUACAGUAUGCUGCUGUGCCAAUCUUAAGGGUUGCUGUGGAACCCACAUAUCCGUCACAACUACCUCAAUUGGUCAAAGGUCUCCGACUGCUAAAUCAAUCAGAUUCUUGUGUGCAAGUAUUAUUGCAAGAGACAGGGGAGCACGUUUUAGUAACAGCUGGCGAAGUGCAUUUACAAAGGUGUCUCGAAGACCUUAAGAAUUUAUAUGCAAAAAUACCAAUAACAGCAUCAGAACCUAUAGUGCCAUUCAGAGAAACUAUAGUGGAACCACCAAAAGUAGAUAUGGCGAAUGAAGAAAUUGACUCACAAAACAUCGAUAAAACAACUGAAACUGAAAAAGAUCCGUUGAUAACGAUAUACACUAAUAACAAACAAAGCAAAAUAAAAAUAAGAGCUAGACCUUUACCAAACGAAAUAACCUUAUUACUAGACAAGUCAACUGAUCUUUUAAAAGCAAUAUCGCAGCAUAUAAAAAUAUUACAAGGAAUGUCCAAAAACGAUAAAUUAGAAAGUAAACUAGAGGAAAUGCACAUAAAUGGAAAACAUGGACUUUCUGAUAGGAUGUUAAAACUUAUAGAGGCAUUCAAAUCUGAGUUAGAAAGUAUAUGUUCGAAACUAGGAUCAGAAUGGAAGGAUGUAGUUAGGCAAAUAUGGUCAGUGGGACCCAGAAAUUGUGGUCCAAAUGUGCUUCUAAACCAAACACCAGAUUAUGUGACUAAGUUCCUCCAUCACGAGGAGGAACUAAAGGAAGACCUUAGGUUUGAGUAUGAGAGUAGUUUUGUAAACGGUUUUCAACUGGCUUCACUUUCGGGUCCGCUUUGUGAGGAGCCUAUGAUGGGUGUUGCGUUUUGUGUGGAAGAAUGGACCUUGGAUAAAGGGGAAGAAGACACGACUUAUACAUAUGGACCUUUGUCUGGUCAAAUAAUGUCAGCGGUUAAAGAAGGUUGCAGGAAAGCUUUCGAAGCUCAACCUCAAAGACUAAUGGCAGCCAUGUACUCCUGUGAUAUAGUAGUCGACCAAAAAGUAUUAGGCAAACUGUACGCGGCGCUGGGGCGGCGCGGCGGGCGCGUGGUGGGCAGCGACCUGCAGAGCGGCUCGGCGUCGUUCCGUGUGCGCGCGCUGCUGCCCGUCGCGGAGAGCUUCCGGUUCGCGCUGGAGCUGCGCACGCACACCUCCGGCCUCGCCGCGCCCAUGAUGAUGUUCAGCCACUGGGAGGUAAUGCUCACAGCGAUGUGAGGGGCGCGCUAGGCGUGUGGUGGGCAGCGACCUGCAGAGCGGCUCGGCGUCGUUCCGUGUGCGCGCGCUGCUGCCCGUCGCGGAGAGCUUCCGGUUCGCGCUGGAGCUGCGCACGCACACCUCCGGCCUCGCCGCGCCCAUGAUGAUGUUCAGCCACUGGGAGGUAAUGCUCACAGCGAUGUGAGGGGCGUGGUGGGCAGCGACCUGCAGAGCGGCUCGGCGUCGUUCCGUGUGCGCGCGCUGCUGCCCGUCGCGGAGAGCUUCCGGUUCGCGCUGGAGCUGCGCACGCACACCUCCGGCCUCGCCGCGCCCAUGAUGAUGUUCAGCCACUGGGAGGUAAUGCUCACAGCGAUGUGAGGGGCGUGGUGGGCAGCGACCUGCAGAGCGGCUCGGCGUCGUUCCGUGUGCGCGCGCUGCUGCCCGUCGCGGAGAGCUUCCGGUUCGCGCUGGAGCUGCGCACGCACACCUCCGGCCUCGCCGCGCCCAUGAUGAUGUUCAGCCACUGGGAGGUAAUGCUCACAGCGAUGUGAGGGGCGUGGUGGGCAGCGACCUGCAGAGCGGCUCGGCGUCGUUCCGUGUGCGCGCGCUGCUGCCCGUCGCGGAGAGCUUCCGGUUCGCGCUGGAGCUGCGCACGCACACCUCCGGCCUCGCCGCGCCCAUGAUGAUGUUCAGCCACUGGGAGGUAAUCGACAUCGACCCCUUCUGGAGACCACGGACAGAGGAGGAGUAUCUCCACUGGGGGGAGAAGUGGGACGGCGUGAACAGAGCCAAGGCGUACAUGGACGCAGUGAGGACGAGGAAGGGACUUGCCACGGACAAGCAUCUUGUGCAGCAUGCGGAGAAACAGAGAACGUUGUCUAAGAAGAAAUAGUAAUUUGCGGGAAACAACUUGGGCUUCUAGGGUGAACACACACAAUUAAUAAAUAUUAUUGACAAUAUGUGAGGUAGAAACAAACAUUUGGAAGAACAGGAGAAUCACAAAUAACCAAAACACGGUCCAAGCAAUGAGCAUCCAUUUUUCGAUCGUCCUUUAUGGUAUAGUGUACGUGGGCUAUUCACACCAGCGAAAGACAAAGAAUUGAUGCGUUUAAGAUGUUGUGUUUGGAGACGAAUGUUACGUAUAUCGUGGACUGCCAAACACCAAACACACAAUCAAUAAUUUCACAGCUUCAAAUUAAAACACGUCUCUAUACCGUUUGUCUCCAGCGCAUCCUCAGUUAUUUUGGAUAUAACACGCCGUGGUAACGACAAUAAAAAAAAUAUUAUGCCGAGAAAUGUAGAAGGCAAAUGGCCACGAGGUAGUUCUUCAACCCGAUGGUCGGUUCUUCUCAAGAAAUCAAGUGUCCACACCUUUUAUAGUGCCGUCUAGCGACCGUACACGAGCCUGGAGAAGCAUUGUUUAUCGAAAGAUGACUCGCCAAGGUGGUCACGAUUCUCAGUCAUGAGGGACCAACUGUAGAGAGUAAGAUGAAGACGGUUACCUAAAGUCGUAUCUGUGCGUUUGUCAUGCUGAUUCAACAAUAUUACUACUGUAACUCAGGGAGUUACCUUUAGAAUGUCAAUAUUAACAAUAUUAUUGCGUGUGUGUGGGCUUCCUUAGACUCAAGUUCAGAAUAGGAGAUUUUAUUAUUAAGGCCAAAUUCGCGUUAUUUUUGUAUCAUAAUGACGUAAUCAGUCUCAAAAGCUUCAAGUAAUAACGAAAGGUUAUGUUCGCAGAUAUUUUUUUCGAAAUAAUGUACCUACCUACCUAAUAAACUGCAUAGGUAAUUUAGUAAUCUUAAUAGCGCUUGCCACCCCUUAACCGCUUAAAUCAAACCGCUUACAUAAAAGCAAGACGAGAUACGAGAUAUUAGCAAAGAUAUAAAUAGGAAGGAGAUUUACACUUCCAACCAGUACUUAUAAGUUCAUUUAUUUAUUUUCAUAACUUGACCCAGACACGCAACCAAAAGCUCGUGAUCCGAAACCAUACUUUAAUCAGUGCACUAACGAGUUUACAUAUUAAUUAACUCGAAAAAUGUUCAUCACAUAUCCAAGUAGGUACUUAACGGCCUCUUAAGUGGUAUGCGCGAUGGAUUUACAAGACGGAGGUUCUGGGUUCGAUCCCCGACUGGGCUGAUUGAGCUUUUCUUAAUGAAUCCAUGUCUGGCUGGUGAAAAGCUUUAGCCGUGGCUAAUUACCACCCUAACGCCAAAGACGUACCGCCAAGCGUUUUGCAUUACGAGUGCCGGUACGAUGUCGUAUAGAAACCGAAAGGGGUCUGGAUUUUCAUCCUCCUCCUAACAAAUUAACCCGCUUCCAUCUUGAAUUGCAUCAUCUCUUACCAUCAGAUGAGAUUGUAGUCAAGGGCUAACUUGUAAAAAAUAAAUAUAAAACAAAAGAGUUGGGUCCAGAUAAAAUAAGCAACUUACUUACGUAAUUUGCAAAUUAAGUACCUGCCACUUUACAGGUGCAGCAUACGUAAAAUAGAUGCAGGUAUACCUACUGUAGUGUUUGUGUAUACUAAAUAGAUACCCACUAUCUCAUGUACAUUGGUAGUGGGUGGGGGCAAUGAGUCAGUCUGUCACCGGCGUUCGACCUGAGUGGUCGUGCGCGGUCUGCUUGCCUUACCAGUGUUGAGCUUCUCUUAUAGUAAGGACGAAAGUCCUUACACCUACCUAAUAAUUGUGCAGCUUACUGUGCCAUUUAAAAGCAACGCAAUGGCUGCAAGAGAACACUGACUGAGGGUUUGCUACGUAUUUAAGUACGGCGGUCUAGAAUGUUUUUCUCAGUGUAAAAACUGAAAAAUAGUCUUCAUUAUAUGAACGUAGCCUAACAGAGUGACGUAUAAGUUGGUGUGAAACGUUCGUGCUUUCUUUCAAGGUUCUCGCACCAACUUAUCCUUCACGCGAUGCCUCAAUUUAUAAUACUUACAAAUAGUACAGAAAUAGAUGUUUUGUAUAGUUGCGUGCGCGGAAGUUCAGAAAUAUUCAGGUAUGAUGUAAUGUUGUCCAUUCAAAAUGUUACCUGAAAGAAACAUUUCCAUAAACAAUGUAUACCUACCUUUAACAAAGAAAAUCAUAACCCUAUAAGCACGUUAUAGGUAUGCAAUCGAUAAGACGUCUCGGAACAUCGUGCGUUAAGCUUAGCAAUACAUUUUAGGUAUCACCGGUUACGUAGGGGCGUGGCGGCGGGGCAUUACUCCGCGCGUGCAUCCUAUCACCUGAAGUCACUUCACGCAUUAUGAAUUGAGCUAACCUACGUAAAUAAAGCCUAUAUUUAAUGAAUUAUCAAAGGAUCAUGCUAUAUGAAAUUGUUUCGAGACAAAAAGUGGUAUUUAUAAGUAGCUAUAUAAUAUAAUCAGGUUUUACGCAGAUUUCUUGUUAUUUAUUUGAAAAAGCUUGCGUUAUAUCUUAAUAGGUACAUUAUACUGCCGGCGGCAUGUGCUAGAAACUAUUGCAACCAACUUGUUAUACUUAGUUUAUGCUAGUAUGUUCUUCCUUCUAAAAUGUAAAUCUUUAGGUAAAUACGUUAUAAUUAUCUAUAAUUGAAAUAACUUGAAAAAUACGUGAACAACGUUUAUAAACAUCUUGUUGACUUGUAUUGUAAGAUGUUUAUACCUAUUAUGCAUUUGUAUUUUGUUUAAAAUAUUAAAUUAUAGUUACAUA